CCCUCUCAAUUCCCCAGGUUUGGGACCCUCCUCCAACGUUUUUUCGGGUCCAACCCGAAUUUUGGGGUCCCCCUUUUCCCCCCUCCCCAUUUUGGAGUGGAAUCCCGCUCUCCCUUUUUGCCCCUUCUCCCUCAUUUUGGGACCCUCCCCAAAUUCUUGGGGUUCCCCUUUUACCCCUCCCCGUAAUUUUAGGGGCGCCCCCAACCCCAAAUUUGGGCCCUCCCCCCCUCUUUGGGACCCCCGUCAAAUUUCGGGGCCCCUCCCCUUUCUGGGACCCCAAAUUUUGGCUCCUCCUCCCUUUUUGGGACCUCUCCCAAAUUUUGGGGUCCCCCUUUGAGUCCGCCUCCUCUUUUGGGGGGGGGUCUUAGUGAAGGGGCGUGGCCUCGGUGGCGCGAGGGGCGGAGCCACCUCCCCUUUCCUAUACGUCGUCAUUAAAAGUCAUUAAUAUUCAUGACUCAGCGUAUUUAAUCGUUAAUAUGCUAAUUAGCACGGCGUAUCUCCGCACAGCUCAUGAAUAUGCAACAAAAGCAGCGUCGUCGCCAUGGCAACCGUUCCCCGCGCGCUCCCAUUGGCUGCCCGGCCUUCUCCGCUCAGCCAAUCAGCGCCGCCCCCGCUCCGCCCGGUAAUUCCCCCUGAUUGGCUGCCGGCCUCGGCCAAUCAGCGCGCGCGGCGUUGCCUCCGUUGCUGUGGAGACGCCGCGGCCGCCUGAGGGGAGGGAGCGGCCGCCAUUUAUGUAAAUGAGGGGCUGGAGCUCAUUUACAUUUUCACAUGAAUAUUCAUGAGGCACUGAGGGAGGCCGCAGACCUGCCCGGGUGUCGGCCCCGCCCCGCCCGGCCAUGCCCGGGGCCGCGGUGUCGCCGGUGUCGCCGGUGUCGCUGCCGCUGUUCCCGGCCCUGCCCGCGGGGCUGCUGUGCCUGCCGGGGCUGCUCUUCUUCCCGGGGCUCUUCCUGCUGGCCCGCCGCGCGCUGGCCGCCAUCGCCGGCUGUCCCCACGGCAGGGCCACCGUGCUGGCCGCCAGGCUGGUGUCAUCGGUGCAGGCAGUGAUGGCCUCCACAGCCGGGUACAUCAUCUCCAGCUCCUGCCACCACGUCAUCGAUGACCAGCACUGGCUGGCUGCGGCUUACCCGCCCUUCGCGGUGCCGUACUUCGUGUACGACGUGUACGCCAUGUACCUGUGCCACCUGCAGCGCGCCCAGGUGAAGGGACACGGGGACGCUCCCCUGGCCCCGCGCGCCGCCGCCGCCGCCUUCCUGCGCCAGGAGCUGCUGAUGGUGCUGCACCACGCCGCCAUGGUGCUGGUCUGCUUCCCCGUGGCCACCCUGUGGCGGCAGGGCAAGGGCGACUUCUUCCUGGGCUGUCUGCUGAUGGCUGAGCUGAGCACCCCCUUCGUGUGCCUGGGCAAGGUCCUCAUCCUGCUGCGGCGCCAGCACACGGCCCUGCACAAGCUCAACGGGCUGGCGCUGCUGGUGACGUUCCUGGGCUGCCGCGUGCUGCUGUUCCCGUACCUGUACUGGGCCUACGGGCGGCACCGGGGGCUGUCGCUGCUGCGCGUCCCCGCCGCGCUGCCCCCGGCCUACAACGCCGCCGCCGCCGCGCUGGCGGCCCCGCAGCUCUACUGGUUCGGCCUCAUCUGCCGCGGGGCCUGGCGGCUCUUCCGACCCACGGGGAGCCCGCCCCGGCCACCCUGAGCCCAGCGGGGGCGCGUGGCCCGGAGAUGGGGGGCGGGUGGCCGGGGGGGGGUCUAUGGGGCACCCCGGGAUGGCUCUGGGGUGUCCUGGGUCAUCUGUGGGGUGGUCUGGAUGGUCUUGGGGUGCCUGGGGGGGUAUCCUGAGGGGUCCUGGGGUGUCUGUGGAGCACCCUGGGGGAUCCUGGGGCACCUGUGGGGCACAUUGGGGUCACUGUGGGGUGUCCUGGGUUGCCUGUGGGGCACCUUGAGGGGUCCUGGGGUCUCUAUGGGGCACGCCGGUGUGGCUCUGGGGUGUCCUGGGUCAUCUCUGGGGUGGUCUGGAUGGUCUUGGGGUGCCUGGGGGUGUCCAUGGGGCACCCAUGGGGCACCUGGAAGGGUCUCGGGGUCUCUAUGGGGCACCCCGGGGUGUCUGUGGGGCAGCUUUGGGGUCUCUGUGGGUCCCCCUUCCCCUCCCCUCCCCCAUUAAAGGAUUUCUGGGCACUUUUGGGUACUUGGCCUCAUUGUUGGGGGGGGAGGGGCAAGGGUACCCCGAGUGACCCCUGAGUGACCCUGAGUGUCCCCCACUCCAGUCUCGGUCCCCUCCCCGGGACCCCCUUUCUUUUCUUCCCGUGUCCUCUCUGCCACCACUCCCUCUUUCUGCCUCUGGCCUGUGCCUGGGGUUUUUGGGGAGGGAUUUCUGGCACCUGCCCCCCUUUUCUUG